UCAAGCUUUUUUAUUUUUCUAUGUCCACUCGGUCGUCCUUCUCAGAUCCUCUCGUCGUCUUCGUGUCUUUGUCGAUCAAACCCAGCUAUGUCGCAGACGAUUGGCAAUACGUCGCUUGCGUUCUCGCGGGCCUGGCACCAUGUCUCGGCACGGGAUCGUGUGCUUGGAAAGCUCGCCGUUAACAUUGCCUCUGUGCUCAUGGGAAAGCACAAGCCCGGUGGAAUCUACGACCCGUCCGUCGAUGCGGGCGACUACGUCGUCGUCACAGAUGCCAAGCGCGUUGUUGUCACGGGCAACAAGGCCGACCAGAAGGUGUACUACAGACAUAGCAUGUACCCCGGUGGACUCAAGGUGACAAAGUACGCCGAGAUGAUGGAGAAGAAGCCAGAGGAGGUUAUCCGCAAGGCCGUGUCAGGUAUGCUGCCAAAGAACAAACUUAGGGACCGGAGGCUCGAGAGGCUCCUCAUCUUUCCCGACGAGAAGCACCCAUACGAGCAAAACAUCAUUAAGCGAUACAACAUCGCUGAUGCAUUCUCAAAAGACGAGGCAUCACCAUAACGGACGAGCCACCAACAACAUGUACUUUUAGCCAGUAAAUUGCCAUCAUUGGAUUUCCCUUCACUGGGGAGGACACAUCUC